AUGAGGGUUCGACCGUCGCUCGUCUCUGUUCCCCCAGAAGUGCUGGAGCACAUCGCCUUCCUUACUGCAACAGACGAGUUCUUGGGCCCACCGUCUGCAAUCAUUCCGCUGCUGUCCACCAAUAAACGUCUUAACUCGUGCUUAUCGAUAAAGUCGAACACUCUUCUGUACUCACGUAUCUUCGCGGCAAAGUUUGAUGUAUCGCCCCCUUUACGCCGCCUUCGAUGUAGGCAGCCGUCUGCCGCUGCCUUGACUGAGGAGUUGCAGCGCCGAUGUUACUAUUUGAAGCGCAUGCGAGCACGAGUAGAUUCAACGGUUAAUCCCUUCGCAAAAGAUCGGGGUGGGGAUGAAAUCCUGCAGUCCUUGCUGUGGACUGCGUAUCUUAUGAUGUUGGAAAAUGAUGGAAAGAACGAACGACAACUGCGAGAUUAUGCUCAAAUCGAUGUUUGGCUGCGAGAAUUCUGGUUUGACGACCACGGCGCGUCGUGUGCGAAGUCAUCUAUACGGAUGGAUCAAUGGCCUCCGAAUAACGACAAGACGUCCCUAGGCAUGUGGUUAUUCUGGUUCCUACUCAAACCUGACGAAUAUAUGGACGACGAACACUCCUGGGAUGUUGUAAAUACUUUGAAAAUCUUUGCGCUUGGAGCGCACCAGUACCAACUUACCUCCCCGAGCUGGGUCGAUUUCGUCCCAGACUCGCAUCAAAGCCGCUCGACCAGAACGAUGCAUUACCUGGGCUCGCUCCCUCUCCUCCCCGCGCCCCUGGCAGCUCCGGCUAUUCUCGCGUUCCUAACUCUCGUCAAUAAAGUAUUGGGUUCACCAACAACCAUGAGCUAUUCAGUAAUAACAUCGCCGUCGCUUUCCGGUAUCCCCUCCAAGAGCCUGGAGUGGGAGUGUGAAUGGGGCCGUUGCCUCAGCCUUGGUCAUGCAGAAUACGAUAGAUUUCUCACGGCUUCAUACAAGCCCGGUAGUAUCGAGGGCAUAUGGGAAGGAAUGUUCACUUAUACCGAAUUUACCGCAUAUGCCGCAUUGUUAUCAGGGGCUCCUCCGCCGGUGUUACAGAAGAGCAUGGUUGUUCGACAUCGACAAACAUGGAAGCUCCGCGAGUAUCACCUUCUCUCUACGGAAUCUUCUAGCUUCAGCUCUGGGAUUUAUGUUGACGCAGACAACAUCCACCCUUUACCCGCAGGAGACCCUUUGAAAUCCUACUUUCCCACUGGUACCCAUAUCAGCGAACACUCUGGGAGAAUAGAAGUGAGAGAGCCGCACAGCCAAGACGUAGUCGUUUAUCGAAGAGCAACAUCUGUCGUGACUGAUGGGAAUAACCAAAGUGCCUGCGGUACCCCAUGUGUUCUAGACGUCAUAAUCACUGGAGAGGGUCACUCGGCAUGGGGACAAUUCAGUCUGGUAGGACGCGUUAGACCUUGUGAUGGCUUCAUCAGCCUAUGUAAAGAAUACGUCGAUGGUGAUCGGGGAAAGUGGCUAUAUAGAGGAUACCUUGUGGGAGCGGCUAACGGAAAUCUCGCUGGUCGUUGGCGAGAUACGCUGAGCCCGGCCGAGGUGCCAGGAUACGAGGGUUGCUUCACGAUGAGUAGAAGGCGGUGA